AAGCUGGGCUCGAUGAACUUUUAUUGGACCAGCGCGAUAACUCACGACUCGCUGUAUGUGACACUUUCCUCACAUAUCUCAUUGCAUUUCAACAUGCAUUCUAGGCUGAUGUUACACAACGACCAGUCCAUCAGCUAAUCAAGGUCUCCAAUCGGGUACCCCAAGGGUUUUUCCAUGGCACACCCACAUCAUGCUCACUCUUCUGCACGACUCGAUCCCCACGAUACGCCAUCGCCACCCAGCAUUUUUCACUGGGUUCGAAACAUUUUCUCUGACAGACCCAGCGGUGCAGAGAUCGAGCUGCGUGAGCGUCCCUCACCAGUCGUCGAUGCUCCAUAUGCCAAGGGCAAACGCAGGAACGCGUCAGCACGAGAAAAACGGAUGGUGAUAAUUCCAUUGAAACCCAAGAACCCUGCUGCAAGCACCUCACACCCUCCCAAUAGCAACGUCACACAAUCCAGUGGCGUGGCUCAGCCUCAGUCAUCUCCCCAACCACAGGCUGCCGUCUCCACCACCACCUCACCUCUCGCCGUCUUUAAUACAGCUUCGAAAACUAAUCCUGAUGUAAUGAUAAGACGUGCUGGACGCUGGACGCGCUUCUGGCUCUUUAUCUGUUGUACCUCUACAGAGUAUACCGACGGCCAUCACUAACCUAUCAUUUACAAAGAUUUCAUUUGGCCACUAUGCCAUUCAUUUCAUCCCUCGAGUGCAGGCAUAAAGUCGUUUCUUAUAUACCCAUGCACUAAACCAUUUUCACUAACUAUGUUUUGUUGUACUGCGCAAUUGCAUUCGCUUGUGGAGUCCUUUACAUAAAUUAGAAUAGUAUUGCAAGGUAAUCAAGUCUUUGCUCUGGAAG